ACACACACGGCGAGGUUACACCCAGUUGGUUCCUUCCCGAGGGUAAAUUCUUGGGAUUCGCAGCUUCCAAACAGCCGAUUUCCUUUCCUUGCAGCUGGGAGGGCAGGUUCCCUGGCUGCUGCUCCUGUGCUCACUGGCUGCCACUACUGGACCUUCCCCAAGAGGAGUCAGUCGCUUCACUUCUAAGGAAAGUGCUUUUCCUUGGUCCCUCAAGGCAAACAAGGGGGAGGUAGGGAGGGGAGAGAAGGGAUCCGGGAUCAGCAGGAUGCUCCGAGGCAGCGGCAGCAGCUGGGCUCUGGAAUCCCGGCCAGGCGAGUCACCCCGUUAGGAGGCCCCGCCGGCACCCCGGCCCGGGGGGCAGCCGCGGCAGCAGCAUGGGCAGCGGCAGCAGCAGGAGGAAGCGGAGCUGCAGCCCCGGCGCGGAUCGUCCCGGCAGGCGGGGCAGAAGCAGCAGCGCCCCCAGCGGGCAGGGCGAGGAGGCCAAGGGCAGCCAGGCGCCCGCCCCCACGGAGCUGCCCAGCAGCAGCCUGCGGCGGCCGCAGCCGGCGGAGGACUCGGACUGGGAGCUGCUGGAGGAGGUGCUGGCUGAGUGCGAGGAGCCGGGCGCGCUGCCCCCCACGGCCCGGGGACCGGCUGCCCCCAGCCCGGGCCCGCCUCGCCGGGGGCCCGCCGGGGACUCCUGGGCCGGCCACGACCGGCACCCAAGGGCAGCGGCGGCGGCGGCAGGGAGCGGCCGGGGCAGCGGUGCCGCCGGAGGGGACCAGCCGGUCUCCUUAACAAGAAGCAUGCAGGACCCAGAGAACAACAACUCCGCCAGUUUCCAGUUAGAAGUAACAAGAAGCCCGAGAUGCAAUCCCCAAUAUCGUACGAUUACUCUGAAGAAGAGCUCAUGGCGAGUAUUGAACAAGAGUACUGCCGCUGAGAGCCCGUGCUGUACGAUCAUAGCUGACAGUGGCAUAUAUGAGCAAGGGUUCUGCCAACAAAAUAGCCCCCCACACAGUGAGAUUGUUCUGAAGAAAUGGAAAAGACGAGAAUGAAAUGAGAGAGAAUGUUACCACUCAGGAGGCUGUUAGUAUUGUAGGACUUCGAAGAACUCCUCUUUGGCAAGUGCUGAGCAAGAGCACUGAUUAACGAAGGAACCCUCACUGACCAGUGAAUAAAAGCAAAGCGGUGGGGAAAAAAUAAGAUCAUAUUACAUUCCUCUUGUAAAUUAAUAUUUAAAAGCUAGUUUCCAAGUAAUACUUGUGUAUGAAGUCUUGAAUGUAUUGCAAGGUUGAGAUGUGCCAUUCUGACAGAAUGAUUUCAGUCAGAGAAGUGCAGCAAAUCAUUUGAAUAAAUACUUACUUAAUAGGAUAUAUCCAAAAUUUACCUUUCCUGACACUUAGCUAUGGGUAAAAUUCAGACCUACGGAAAGCAGAUUACAACUCUAUACACCAGGUCUGAAUUUGCCCCACUUUUUUUUAUUAUUAAAUAUUCCACAGUACAGAAAAAAGGGAGGGAAGUGAAUCAAUCAUUCCACACUUAGGCUGCAGGAUCUAAGAGUUCAAAUCCCAGUUCUCUAUCAAACAGGUGUGGGAUUUAUUCUGAUUGUGCAUAUGGCUCUGUUCUUUCUAGCUCCCCUUUUCCAAAGAGGCAGGGGAUUGAAAUUGUCAAGAGUCCUGUUUCCUGAAAGGGCAAGAUUCUGGUCUAGUUUCUUACCUGCUGGCUUACAGAAAUGGAAGCAACAGGGAAAUCACAAGGACAGAGUGACGUGCACAUACUGGUCCAUUGCCAUAUGUAUGCGCCUGUUGGGUCACCCACUUUUUGAUGGGCUUUAACAUGAUUGAAGAGCAGUAGUUCAUAAAUCAGCACUCCUGCAUUGGAGUUAGAUAUUAAUUUACCACUUCUGGCUUACACAGGAAUUUUCAUUAGUGCUUAAUUUAAAAUUCACCACAUUUAUCACUAAGGAUGGAAAAGUAAAACAAAACAAAAAAAAUCCUAUAAAACCAAAGACUCAGAGGUUUUCAGCAUGAUUGACGGUGAAGCCUUGUACUUUUAAAUUAAGGUUUCUGGUGUGUGUAGUUUUUUUUGGGGGGGGGAGCCUGAUGUUCUUGGAGUAGCUGCUUAUUAUCAGAAUUAGAAAAAAUAACUUUUCUGUCCUCCGAUGGAACAUAACACAUGUCAGAUGAAAUCUCAAGGGCAAAUCAGCGAGGCACAUUCUAAUUGGAACAGUGGGAUACACCUUAAGAUGUCAAGGUUUGACUUUCCUUUUGUACCUUGGUGUAUAUUUCACAAAUAUCUAUGUUCCAUGUAAUUCUCAAUAAAAGGCAAAAGUAUCAGUUUGAGAGAGACAGGGUGAUCAAUCUUCUGUCCCCCUAACUGUUAUUUUUUCAUGGAGAUAUCCAGUAGGAUUUUUAAUGAGUUAUCACCACAUAUGAUUUUUUCUUCCUAAUGAGGCAUCUAGUUUUAGUUUUUCCUCCAGAUUACAUAAUGAGGAACCUGUGGCUAUCUUCAGGUUGUCAUGUUCUCCUAGCCAAUGUGGCAGAGCACAGAUGUCUACAUAGUGGUUCAUAGUCCUCCCCUGCUCAGUGCUUCUUCAGCACACUGAUAGCCUUUUAAUGAAUCUUCCAAGAAUAUGACGAUAGCAGAGGCAAAGUGCAUCUAUAAGGGGAUGUGCACAAUUCUAGAAGGAUGGAGAGGAUCACACAGAUAGCACAAAACCCCCAACUGACCAAUUUGGAUAAGAAACAGCGUUCCAAAAGAUGUCCCGCUCAUGUACUCAGAUGGUGGGUAUCAUUGUGGUGUGAACCUUACAUAGAGAAGGACAGAAAGGUUCCUGUUGGAGGUCUGCUGUGGUACCCAAUCAGACGGAAGUUAUACUUAGGGCAUGUUUACAUGGGCAUGUUAGUGCUAAUAUGCUAAAUAAGCUAAAAUGUGACUUUAAAGCUCGCCAUGUGGGGACACUGACUGUGCACUAAGAGAGCCCUCACGCAGUUUAGCCAAAGUGCAUUAUGCUCCUGAGCACAAAGGUACUCAGUGCACAAUAUGAGUGCCUACAUAGGGAGUUAAUGAAUAGCUAGUGCGGGCUCCCCUCCCCCUUAAUAAGAGGGAAGGGGGGGGGGAUGAAAAAAAGAAAGGUAGCCUUUCAGAAAGCCAUGUAAGUUUAAAGCCUAGGGCAGCAUACUGGUUCUUGAAUAGCUUGGUAUAUCCAGAAAUAUCCUGCUGUUAGUCAAAAGAUAUAUGUGCAGGGGUUGUGGGAGGUAGAGUAGCAUAUUAGGAGUAGAACCACACACAAAAAUAGAAAAUAUGGUAAUAACUAGUGCUUGAGUAGAAACAACACAUUCAAUAAUAUUACCAUGUGUGAAAAUUACACAAAAGUAAUUACAUGAAUUUAUAUGACCAAGGUCAGUAUUCUAUUACAUUGGCCAGAAUUAAAUUAAUCUCCAAUAACCUGCCAUGAUAGCAAGCAAAAUUAUAUCAGAGUGAGAAUACAUAGUGCAUUUUUUGUAGAGAACACAAAAAACGUAUGAAAAUUUCUAAAUCUAGUAGCUGUACAUACCCAUGAUGCCGCAUGCAUGGUGUGUCCCCUUUUUGUUCAGACACUAGCCAACUUUUAGAUUUCUAUGCUAUCCAGGUUUCUUCCUUUAGAUUGGGGCUGUUCUUGGACAGUCACACAGGA